AACGACUCACGGUUACGGAUCCACCAUCAAGUCGAUGUUAACUCCCUUUUGCCUCUUCCCAUAAUUCUGUAUUUCCAUGUCUACCCUCGCUUCAGCGUAUAUUCCAUCCAAGAUUAAUACUAAACCCAAGCGUCAUCACGGUUAUGCAGUGAUUUUAUUCAUCCUCGGGACACUUUUCCCUCCUCUAGCUGUCGCAGCGAGGUUUGGGAUUGGAACUGAUUUUUGGAUCAACUUGGUCUUAACGAUAUGCGGUUAUAUACCUGGCCACGGCCACAAUUUUUACAUUCAGAAUAUUCGAAAUAACAAGACCCAUGCUCGAACUCCCAAAUGGGCACAGAAAUGGGGUCUCGUAGACACAAGUGAAAUUCGUCGCAAAGAACGGAAAUCCCAGUGGGCGAAUCGGUAUAAGGAUCGUUUGCCUAGCUCAACGCUCGAGGGCCAACCAUACGAAGAAGGGCAAGUUGGAAACCCUAGUAUGAGCAUCUCCUCGGACGGUGACGACGGCCGACCAAACCGUCAGCCAAGUGACGGAUUGUGGCGCGAAGAGGACGAGCAAUACUACAACAACCCAAAUAAUUCGAACUCUUCUGGUCGUUGGCAUUACCCUGCAAAUUUCGAUGAUGCCGUCGCCCCCAAGUCGAGUUCUAAACGAGGUACAAAGAAGAAAGAAAAGAAAGACAGAUGGGCAAGGACUGAGGAUGCGUAUAAUCUCUCUGACCAACGUGAAGGAAAGAAGUCGAAGAGAAGGAAAAGCAGAGCAUCUGUGGCUACAAGCAUUGAUUCCACGGGCGGUUCUACCCAGUUUCCUGAAGAUCCAGAGGGUGGGCUAUAUGGCCCUGUACCUGGGGAAGGGGUAGCAGACGAGCCGAGUCAGAAUGCUCCCAAAGCAACUGGCACGACAGACGAGGACGUCUUCAGUCAUCAAUUCUGAACACUCAAGUUUUGGCCGUUUUUCGUUUUACUUAUAUAAUCACUUCACCAUAGAAAGAACUAUUUAUUAAUGAAGUACAGUUG